GGUUCAGGUUCCCCGGAUGUGGGUACGUUAGAGCGGGUAUAAAGGAUUCCUGAAAGGGCGGGAGCAGACGCAGUUUUGAAUUGCGGCGGGGUGAAGAGAAAAAAAAAGAGGUCUGCCUUCCGUGGCUUUAACCGUCUCUAAACCGCCUCCUUCUAGAGCGACGAGUUCUCGUUCAUAAUGGCUGGGGGCAAAGCUGGGAAGGACUCUGGCAAGACCAAGACUAAGACGGUGUCUCGAUCGCAGAGAGCUGGCCUACAGUUCCCUGUUGGUCGUAUUCAUCGGCAUUUAAAGUCGAGGACUACAAGUCAUGGGCGAGUUGGGGCUACAGCUGCUGUGUAUAGUGCUGCUAUCCUGGAGUACCUCACAGCUGAGGUGCUUGAGCUAGCAGGAAAUGCAUCCAAAGACUUGAAGGUUAAACGAAUCACUCCUCGUCACUUGCAGCUCGCAAUCCGAGGAGAUGAAGAACUUGAUUCUCUCAUCAAGGCUACAAUUGCUGGUGGAGGUGUAAUUCCACAUAUCCAUAAAUCUCUCAUUGGAAAGAAAGGGCAACAGAAAACCGUUUAAAGGAUGUUUGGAUCCCUUUUUUUGGACUCUUAACUGCUCCGUUGUCCAGUGUUGGUGGGUUUCCAGUGGACUGCAUCUGUGAAACACAACUUUGCCUUUCUGUAACCUUGAAGCUGAAGCUCAUUGAGCUUUCUAACAAACCAACAAACCAAAAUUCCUCAUUUGAAGUCUUAACCUAAUUUAAGUGUUACGUGGCUUCAGAGAAGCUGUUGUCUGUAGUGGUUCUUGACUGUUUUUAGAAUUGUUGGAUUUUAAUGAGAUUCAUGACUUUGUUGCUGAUCUGUAGUUUUUUUAUGCUUCAAGUUUCUUCAUUCAAAUUUUUGCAUCUGUAAGCUAAGAUUUAACUACAAGAGACUUCUGAUACUAAGAACAGGAGCUGUACAAAACUAAUAAAGGAACAUGAAAUACAACGCCCUUGUUGCUGAUGUCAGUCUCUUCUAGUUAAAAGUAAAGGAUUUUAAUAAGCAGAAACUGAAAUGCAUUUGUGUUGUGUUUUUUGUACAGACCUUAUUGCUACUCUAGUGGAUAAUUCAAUAAAUGUUAUCAAUAUGA